GAGCUGCUGCUGCUGGCGCUCGGCGCUCUUGGCUGGACCGCCCUGCGCGCGGCAGCCACCGCGCGCCUCUUUCGACCCCUGGCUAAGCGGUGCCGCCUCCAGCCCAGAGAUGCUGCCAAGAUGCCUGAGAGUGCCUGGAAGUUUCUCUUCUACCUGGGCGCCUGGAGCUACAGUGCCUAUCUGCUCUUUGGCACCGACUACCCCUUCUUCCACGACCCGCCCUCCGUCUUCUACGACUGGAAGCCAGGCAUGGCGGUGCCACGGGACAUCUCGGCGGCCUACCUCCUGCAGGGCAGCUUUUAUGGCCACUCCAUCUACGCCACGCUCUACAUGGACGCCUGGCGCAAGGACUCGGUGGUCAUGCUUGUCCACCACGUGGUCACGCUAGUACUCAUCGUCUCCUCGUACGCUUUCCGGUACCACAACGUAGGGGUCCUCGUGCUGUUCCUGCAUGACAUCAGCGAUGUGCAGCUGGAGUUCACCAAGCUCAACAUCUACUUCAAGUUCAGGGGAGGCACCCACCACCGGCUGCACGCGCUAGCCGCCGACCUGGGCUGUGUCAGCUUCAGUGUCAGCUGGUUCUGGUUCCGGCUAUACUGGUUCCCACUCAAGGUCCUGUAUGCCACGUGGCACUGCAGCCUGCGCUCCGUGCCCGACAUCCCCUUCUACUUCUUCUUCAACUCACUGCUACUGGCGCUAACCCUCAUGAACCUCUACUGGUUUCUGUACAUCGUGGCCUUCGCUGCCAAGGUGCUGACUGGCCAGAUGCGGGAGCUGAGUGAUGUGCGGGAGUACGACUCUGUGGUGGAGACCCCCAGCUCCAAGUCCAGCAAAGACGAGAAGCCGCUGAGGAACGGCCUGGUGAAGGACAAGAACUUCUGAGCCGCGCGACCCCCACCCCACCCGGGACCCCGGGU